AUCAAACCUUCUCCAAGAUCAGGGCGUGAGUCGUGGAUGUUGCCAAGGCUGACGAAAAAGCCUCAGGCCUGCGUGCGACGGGGCUCCAAACGGAGGUGGCUAAACACCCGAUAUUCCCCGCAGACCCUGCUAUAGAUAAUAUCGUCAGCCUUGUCUCGUUCGGGUAGCUGACGCAAAUUUUUCUCAAGAGCUUGGGUCUUCUUCCGAUCCACCCAGCUUGGUGGAGGUGGACUCUUUGUUCCUUGGCCCGAAGAACCUAUGAUAUUCCGGUUUCCCAGCUGAUGCCGACUGCCCUGGCCCCCUACGGGCUUUCCUGAACACUUGUUCUCUCAAUUUUUGGAGCUCCCCUUCCUUCUUUCUUCCACACUUUCUAAGCUUCGCCUCUGCAACCUCGAGCCAUCAACUUUGCUUUGCACACCUCUCCCCUCAAAUCCACUCACACAUCCAUCACAAUGGCCUCCGUUCGCGUCGCUGCCUCCAGAAUGGCCUCGUCCAUGGGCACCAAGGUCGCUCGCCCUGCCAUGCGUGCCCAGAUGGGCAGCAUCGCCGCCAAGCGCACCAUCACCAACAACGCCUUCCAGACUGUCAAGCGCCAACAGGCCUCCACCAUCCUCAACGCCACCACCCGCCAGGCAUUCCAGACACGCCGAGCAUACUCCUCUGAGAUCGCCCAGGCCAUGGUUGAGGUUUCCAAGAACUUGGGUAUGGGUUCCGCCGCCAUUGGUCUGACCGGUGCUGGUAUCGGUAUUGGUCUCGUCUUUGCCGCCCUGUUGAACAGCGUUGCCCGCAACCCCGCCCUCCGUGGCCAGCUCUUCUCCUACGCCAUUCUUGGUUUCGCCUUCGUCGAGGCCAUCGGUCUUUUCGAUCUUAUGGUUGCCCUCAUGGCCAAGUUCACCUAAACGCAUUCUUCAACGCUUGGAGAAGCUGGUGCUCACACUACGCUCUGAACGUGUGAUGAUCUGUGCGAUGGAGAGUCAAUGUUCCCCGGCAUGACGAUGCUGCGGAACAUCCUGUGUUCACCUGAAACCCAGCAUAGACUAAUAGAUGUAGAUAGACUCGCGGGAUAGAAGGUGCACUAGAGAGGGGCGGUUAGCAUCGCAUUGUGACCUUCGUCGGCAGAGUCUAAGAAGUCGCGUUGGGACCUGUAAAAUAUAACCAUCUUCCCGGAAAUGUUUCCCAGGCUUUCGACUGCACAAGAACAACUUUCUAUGUGGUCA